AUAGAGUUAUUGAUAUUCUUGAGUCAGAGACCCCGAAGUUACUAAUUUACUGUAACUGUACUGUAUGUCUUCUGCCAUGGAGCAAAAUAAUUUAGCUUUAGUUAGAAGAGGAAAAAAAUUUUCGACACCAGAUCGUGCAGGUGCCACGUCAAAAAUUUCCCGGAAGCGAAUAAGCAGAAUCGAAGACCUAUUCGAAAGCCUCGAGCCGUGGAAAAUUUUCACAGACGUUGGGAAACUGUCGCAAAAUAUUUCUAUUCGGCGGGACGGAAAAUUACGUUCGAUACAUUCCUUGAGCCCUGCCAAGAAAUACUUAAUAAAAUUACAGAUAUUUCCAACCAUGAGCUAUCUAGCGAAGAUGCGGGAGGAUCCAAAAACCGCUUGGAAGACUGCAACAGUGUGGUCCCAAUUCACAACCAGCGAGACCUCAGAAUUGUUCCAAAAGACAUUAGAGAUUAUGGACGCAGCAAAGGAAGAUAUAGAGUCACAAUUGGAGGAGAACAAUGAAUUGGAGGAGAACAAUGAAUUGGAGGAGAACAAUGAAUCGGAGGAGUAACUGGUACUAUAUUAUAGAUCAUCUUCUUUCUAAAUGUGAAAUUUAUCCCAUUAAUAAAAUAGUGUUCACAAAA